AUGGAACCAACAAACUUCCUAGGUGGCCAGUCGUUGGAAACGGCAAACCUAUCUAUCGGCGGGGUCAUCAUUUCGCUGAGCAUCAUCUUUGUUGCAGUUCGUAUCUAUGCGAGUUGCAAAAAUGUCGGGCGCCUAUUUCUUGACGAUUGCUUUUGCUUGGGAGCAGAGAUAGCUGUGCUCGUCUACUGGGGACUACUUACGGCUAAUUUUGGAAGAGGGCUUGGAAAGCACGCAUGGGAUCUACCUGUGAGCGUCAUUACACCCCGGGUUCUAAAGAGGCAUGUCGCAUCUCAGUUCUUUGGCGCUGCGGGCAACUGGCUUGCAAAGGCAUCCAUCCUGGCAUUUUUUCUCCGAAUCUUCGGUAGCCUUCGAUGGGUUCGUAAUGCUUGUUUUGUGCUCCUCAUCUUGCUCUCCAUGGGCUCGAUCACUCAUGCAGCGCUCUUCGCUGUGCUCUGCGUUCCCCACGGACACGACGUUUGGGAUAGCAAACUCAUGGCCAGAUGUGCUACGGGUGCCCCAGUUACUGUAGCUGUGGGCGUUUGCAUCUUGGUGGUUGAUAUAGCCAUCUUUGUCCUGCCGUUUCCCAUCAUCGCCAACUUGAAGAUGGAUAAGAAAAAGAAACAUGGUCUUAUCAUCGUGUUUCUCAUCGGCUUCGCUAUCAUUGUUACAAGCUCAGUUGGACUUGCUUAUAGAAUUGUUGUCUUUAGGAGUUCUAUUGAUCCAACUUGGAACGGGGCUAAUGUGUCCAUCACCGCAUAUAUCGACACUUUUGGAACUAUCAUUGUCAGCUGUACCCCAGGUAUAUACGCUUGGUGGCUGAAAAUAUUCUCUCAGAGCAGGCUAUACUCCUCAAUUCGAUCGAUGUCACUUCUCCGCUCAAGACACUCAUCUCCGAGGUCGAAAGGAUACACCACAAACGAGGGAAAAGAAACUCCUAGGAAUAGUGAGCAAGAGCAUGAUCAGUAUAAGCUUCCAAAAGUUUCAACAUCAUCCUCGCAGCAACAACUACACGAAUGGCCUCGCGAGGAUGAUAGACACGUCAUUCCGGUAUCCACUGUCAUCACGCAGACGAUAUCCGACAGAAGAGAAAGUUACGAUAACAGUCGCCGGAUGCAAGGAUACGUGCAUUCGUGGGAGCCCGUCGAUAUAAGGGCUAACAUAACGAGGGAUGGCGGAUAUGUGUAG